GAUAAAGGUCCUGAGGGCAGGACAGGACCUCCCAACCAAGCCCUCCAGCAAGGUUUCAGAGUGCCCCUCCGGCCCCGCCAUGAGGCUCUUCCUGUCGCUCCCGGUCCUGGUGGUGGUUCUGUCGAUGGUCUUGGAAGGCCCAGCCCCAGCCCAGGGGGCUCCGGACGUCUCCAACCCCUUUGAUGGCCUGGAGGAGUUAGGAAAGACCCUGGAGGACAACACUCGGGAAUUCAUCAACCGCAUCACACAGAGUGAACUUCCUGCCAAGAUGUGGGAUUGGUUUUCAGAGACAUUUCGGAGAGUGAAGGAGAAACUCAAGAUUGACUCAUGAGUUCCUGAAGGGUGACAUCCCAGGAGGGGGCUCUGAAAUUUCCCACACCCCAGCGCCUGUGCUGAGGACGCCCUCCAUGUGGCCCCGGGUGUGACCAAUAAAAAUCCUAUAGAAAAUUC